AACCAUGGGUUAUAAUGAUUGAUAUGGACCCUGCAAUGGAUGCAGCAUGUCAAAAAGCACGAAAUUCUUUAAGUAUUGAAGUUUUUGAACGUCGGUUCCAAUCAUUACUAGAAAGGUAUCCAAAUGGCAACAAAUAUUUGAGUGAUACUAUUUAUUCAACUAGACAAUCAUGGGCAAAGUCAUUUAUAAAUAGAAUCUUUACGGCUGGCAUGCAGUCUACUUCACAUGUUAAAUCGAUUAAUUCAAUUAUUCAUAAAGCGGUUUCUUCUAGCUCCAGUAUAUUAGACCCAUUUGUUGGUACUUCGUCUCAGCAAUAUCAAGAUGACAAUAACGUACCAAAAUUUAUUCCCAGGCAUUACUAUAAUGUUCAAGAAGUUCAAGUUAGAAACUGUAUACAAAAGAAGUUGGAUUAUGGUCGUUUAAUGGGUCAUUUUAAAAAGGCAUUAAGCUACUCAUUAGAAGAUAAUGAUCAAAUCACUUCAGAUUAUAUGAAGUUGUCUGAUGGGCAUGUUUAUAAUUAUAAGGAUAUUAAAGAUCCGGUAGUAUGCAAGGGUAAAGCUUUAAAUGAAGAAACAAAUAAGGCUAGUAGUAAUACACAACAAACAUCUUAUGAUAAUGUUGAAAGUGAUGGUGAGACUAGACGUAGAUGUGGAAUUUGCCAUAAAUCAGGUUAUUAUGCACCUAGUCCGGAUAUCGAACAAUGUGAUUUACCAUAA